AUGGGUAAAGCGAAAGCUGGCAAGCGGAAUGCGGCCGCUUCCACGGGAAGCCCGUACUCUCGACCUUCUCAGAAGACGAACAAUGUCUUCAAGUUCAACACAAAUGUUGGUCAACAUAUUUUGAAGAACCCCGGUGUGGCGGAUGCGAUCGUUCACAAAGCCGAACUUAAGCCCACGGAUACUGUUCUUGAAAUCGGCCCGGGAACUGGUAACUUGACAGUGAGGAUUCUCGAAAAGGCGAAGAAGCUCAUUGCGAUCGAGUUCGACCCUCGAAUGGCGGCCGAAGUGACAAAGCGUGUGCAAGGGACUCCGGAGCAGCGCAAGCUCGAUGUUAUGCUCGGAGAUGCGAUCAAAAUCUCUUCGCCCUUGGUUUUCAAGAUGCUCGCGAUGCCAAAGCCGCCGCGGCAAGCGAUUCUCAUGUUUCAGCUCGAGUUCGGACAAAGACUUGUGGCUAAGCCCGGCGACAAGCUCUACGGAAGAUUGAGUGUGAACGCCAACUUUUGGGCGACAUGCUCCAACGUGAUGAAGGUUUCCAAGGCCAACUUCAGGCCGCCGCCACAGGUCGACUCCUGCGUUGUGCGCAUUGUGCCUAAGCAGGGAGCCGAGCGUCCCACAAUCGCCUUCGAGGAAUUCGACGGCCUCCUCCGCGUUUGCUUCAACCGUAAGAACAGGACCAUGCGAGCCAGCUGGCUUGGUACGAAAGAAGUGCUCCAGAUGCUUGAGAAGAACUACCGUACAUGGGCUGCCAUGAACAACGUGCCCCUGGACGACUCUCUUGUCGAGGAUGACGAGGAUGACGCCAUGGAAAUGGACGACGCGGACGCCGGCGGAAACGAUGACGAGGAUGUCGAGCCCAUGGACGACGACACACCCGAGUUCUUCAAGGAGCUCAACGCCACAGCUGCCAAGGCGCCCGAGAAGACGAAGAGCAAGCGCAAGAAGACCAAGGUCGCGGCGCUGGUGCGCAGCAAGAUUGAACGCGCGCUCGAGAGCACCGAGCUCAUGGAGAAGAGAGCGCGGUUGUGCGACGAGACGGAUUUCUUGAAGCUACUUUCCGCUCUCAACUCAGAGGGCAUUCACUUUGCUUAG